CCCUCGGUCUCGUGAAAUCGACGAAACCCUAGCUGUCUGCUGGCUCUCUAGGGCUUGGAAAUUUCCUAAAAAAAGGAGGAGAAAUCGUAUGAUUUUCAGAGGGCAAGGAGUGUGAUUGAGUUGGAGAUCAGUUCCCCCAUGAAAUUUUGUUCAGAUCGGUGGUUUUUUGGGGAAAUUUCAGCCAGGGUGCGAUUUUUGAUCGAUUUGAGAUCGUAUGGUUGUGAUUUUGGUGUUAUCUGUGGAUUCAAGGUGUGAUCGGUGGCUUAUGAAUGAUGGGAGAUGAUGAUUUGGGGUUUCUGCUGUAUGUCUGCGGAUUGAGAGUGUUUAAAUGGAACGCCGUGUAGAGCAGUCUGAUUCAUCUGAUAAUUCCAAAAAGUCGAGAUCUUUGGAUCGGCAUAGUUUAUAUAUUGGGAAACCGAGGAGUUUUGUGAAUCUUAGGGCUAAGAACUUGGCGGUGGGCAGUGGUCAUGAAUCUAAGGAUUUGAGAAGGAACAGGAGGUGUUCUGCAUUUGUGAGCAGGGUGCCCUUUCCAGUUGAAUCAUGGAGGAAAGGCAGGAAAGAGGUGUUACUGAGUAGUUUUCAUCCUGCCUCCAAGCGGCGGCGCAAUCAUUUGAAUGUCUCAUUGUUGAAAACAAAUGGGUUUGUUUCAGGUGUCAGGAGGUGGGAAAAUCUGGAAAAUAAGAGUAGUGCUUUGCAUAAUUCAAGUGGUUUGGAUCAAAAUUCACAGAGUUUGAACAAUGAGACUACUGUACAAACAUCGGAUAAACAGGAGCAUCAGUCUCUCAGUGCUCGGGGCUUGUUAAAUUCACAUGGUCUGGGAGAUAGUCUUGUGAUUCCUAAAAGGCCUCGAGCCACCACAAGACGUAAAAAAAUUGAAAAUCUUAAUAGCUUAAAGAGGUCCCCAGGGAAUUCUAUCAGCAAUGGCAAAGCAAGAACUGAUGCCCCAUCAAGCAAAUCUCCAAUCAAUAUAUUUCCAUCUCCUCAUGCACCGAAUGGCUAUCUGAAAAAAAAACUGGACAGUAAGCAAAAUAGUUGUUUCAGAAGAGAUGGUUCUGUUCCUAAAAUAAAAGAUGAAAAAGAGAAACACAAUAGGAAAAGAAAGAGGUUGGAGGUUGAGCGAAAGACCAAUGUGGAGAAGGAAAAGCUUGGUGACGAUGAGAAGUUAUCUGGAGGCCCUGUAGAGGAUGAUGAAGAUAACCUUGAGCAGAAUGCUGCCAGGAUGCUUUCUUCUCGAUUUGAUCCAAGCUGUACUGAUUUCUCAGGGAAAAAAAUGGCAUUGUCUUUGAAAUCUGCAAAGGGCUGUUCUCCAUUGAAGCAAUUUAAUGGUACUCUUAAGAGUUUGUGUUCGGAGACUUCUUCGGGUCAGUGCCUGAGUAAAGGGUUUGCUAGGAAAAGGCGCCAUUUCUAUGAGGUCUGCUCUAAGGAUAUGGAUCCUAACUCCUUGAUUAAGCAGAGGAUUAGAGUAUUCUGGCCUUUGGAUCAGUGUUGGUAUUUUGGCUUGGUAAAGGAUUAUGAUCCUGCUAGCAAGUUGCAUCAUGUCAAAUAUGAUGAUCGAGAUGAAGAAUGGAUUGAUCUACAAAGUGAGAGAUUCAAACUUUUGCUCUUCCCAAGUGAAGUUUCUAGCAGUUUAAAAUUCUCAUAAUUUGGGUUUGGAGUCAAAAGCAGAAGACCGAUCAAAAAGGAUGAGGAUAUCAUUGAUGACAAUUGUAUUGGCAACUUUAUGGAGACGGAGCCCAUAAUCUCAUGGUUGGCUCGGUCAACUGGUUCUUUGAAAUCAUCCCCACAAAGGGUCUUGAAGAAAAGAAGAGCCCAUUUUCUUAAUAAUAUUAGGCCAUCUACCUUGUCACGGAAGAUGAAUGUGAAUGCCGAGCUGUCUACUAUCACACCCAACAAGUCAAAUUUAAGCUCUGCUGUUCCUCGGAAUUCCCUUGAUGGAGAAAUUGCUGGUGCAUCUCUACUCAACAACAUCACUCGUUCUGAUGACAGGAAGCUAUCGUUUGUUUAUACCAGGAGACGCUUCCGGAAGAGAAGUAGUGUUUUGGAUGGUUUGCCUUCUCAGGUUUCUUCCUGUGGUAAUUCAGCUGGAUCCUUUCACAUUCUUGCUUCUGCUAUGGACACUGUGACAGCAUUGAGAAAUGAAUUGUUACUACCACCUCAAUGCAUUCAUGAUCUUUCAUCUGAACUGAGAACCUGUUGGCUUAGCCAUGCUGAUUAUGGCCUUCACUAUGGUAAACUUAUUCAGGUAUCGCCAGUGGUACAUAUGGAAAUAAUUUUUGUUGAUAAUGUUCUGGGGUUGAGGGUUGUAUCCUUUGAGGGAUGUUUGCAGUGGCUAUGGGGUUUUGUCUCUUUGAUUAUAUCUGCGUUUCAUGGCCAGAAGCAUAAGAAGCUUGCAGAUAUGUUAUUGCCAUCUACUUCAAUUGGGUUUAAUGUCUCAAGCUUACAUGAUCGAAGAAGGCAUAUUGUUUUUGUUCUGCAUAGCUUUCUUCAACUAGAUAAAUCAAGAUGGGAAUAUCUGGAAUAUAAACUUAAACAUCAUUGUCUGAAAAUGAUGGGGUUACCCAUUGAUUCUUGUUUUAAUUCCAAUCUUAAGAAUCUUCCAAGCAGUUGUGGGAUGAUCUCCACCACAGUGAUGAGUGACCCUGCCGCAGAUAAGGACUUAUCUGAGAGGCUGUGCUCAAGAAUGAACCUUUUACUCAAUUCUUUCCAGCAGAAAAAUGAGAAGCUUCCUCCAUAUGCUUUUUCAUUUGCCGAGUCACCCUACUUGUUUCUUGGCGUGCAUCUCAAGUUGUUGGUUCACAGGAAUAUGACUUCUCUUAAGCCUAAGAAGCCUUCUGCCAUGGCAUCGAAAGAGUUGGCAGAAAUUGAUGUAAAGUCAAUUAAUGAUGACUGUUCAGCUAUUGAGAAUUCUCUAGAUGGAAGUUCAGAAAUGAUGCUCGAGAAUUUGGGUUGCUCUUUGGCUGCUUCCAGCUCUGGAAGGCUAGAUGAUAGCCAUCCAACGGGAGAAACAGAUGCUUGCUCGGUCAGCAGUGGUGGUGACCAGAUGAAAUCCAAUCACAGAUCCAUAUCCAGUGGAGGGAAGAUUACGGAAUUUCUAUUGGCCACUCAGACACGAGGAAUGACUGCAAUGAGAAUAUUGAAAAAAUUCAGAGCUUAUCAUCUUCAUGGAUGGGUGAUAAGAAAUAUUCUUCUUCAUCUCCUGACAAUGAUUUUUUCCUCCAGAAAAAAACAUGAAAAUGGGUGUGAUUCUUGUUUGAAUGAUACCAAUCUACAUAUGCAAUCAUGUGAUCAAGGGAAAGAACAAUCUAAUGAGGAUAUGCAAGCUGCAUGUCAUGCAUCUGAUAUGGCUUGGGAGAUGAAUGCCCUUCCUGUAAAUGUAUCGAAGACAACUGCUCCACGGAGCAUAUGGCAUCAUAAUCGGCUCCCUUCAAUUUCACCUAACUCUUGUCAACGUUCAAGAUUGUGGACUGAAGACUUUGUCUGGGAUAGCUUUGCCAGUGGCUCUAGGAAGCCUCGAACUCAGGUCUCAUAUUCACUAUCCUUUGGAAAUCGUGAGAUUGGUUCAAGACCCCGAAGCCAUAACCGGAAGGCAAGACCUUUUAAAAAAAUUAGAAUUGAUAAUGAGAGAGUAAUUUGUGAUGCAAAUGUUCUGGUGACAUCUGGGGAUAGAGGCUGGAGAGAAUGCGGUGCUCAAGUGGUUCUCGACUCUGAUGAUCAGCAUGGUUGCAGAAUAUCUGUGAAAUUUUCUGGGGUUACAAAGUAUGAUCACAAAGUACAGCAGUCUCUCCAACCUGGAUCUACAAAUCGCUUUACACAUGCUAUGAUGUGGAAAGGUGGAAAAGACUGGACUCUAGAAUUCACUGAUAGGAACCAGUGGUCCCUUUUCAAAGAGUUGCAUGAAGAAUGCUAUAAUUGGAAUAUUAGGUCUGCUUCCGUUAAGAAUAUUCCUACCCCUGGUGUUCGUCUGAUUGAGGAUGCAUAUGAAGGUAGUUCUGAUGUGCCCUUUGUUCGUAGUUCACCAAAGUACGUUCGGCAAGUUGGUACAGAGAUUGACAUGGCCUUGGAUCCUUCUUGUGUGUUAUAUGACAUGGACAGUGAGGAUGAGGAGUGGAUAUCUGAGUUCAGACUUUCAUUGGAUGACUCAGGGAAUAAUGGGUCAACUGAAGUCACAGAUGAUAUGUUUGAAGGAAUCAUGGAUAUGUUCGAGAAAUUUGCGUAUGCUCAUGAUUGUGAUGAGUUCACCGAAGAUGAUAUUCAGGAAUUCAUGGCUGAUGGUGGGCCAUUGAACAUAACUAAAGCUAUUUAUGAGCACUGGCAGCAUAAGCGACGGAAGAAAGGUUUGCCUUUGAUUCGUCAGUUUCAGCCUCCAUUGUGGGAGCGUUACCAGCAACAACUUAAGCAGUGGGAAUCAGCCUUGAGCAUAAUGCACAACUCUUUAGAUGGAUCCCAAGAUAGAGGUUGUUCAAUUGAAAAACCAGCCAUGUUUGCUUUUUUUGUUUUGCGUCCAAGGGGCUUGGAAGUACCAAACAAAUUCUCAAAGCAAAGGUCUCAUAAGAAGUUUAUGUAUAGUGGGCAUCACAAUUCCUUUGCAAAGGAACAGGAUGGCUUGCAUGUGUAUGACAGAAAAGUGAAUGGAACAUCAGCUGGAGGAGAGAAGGAUUUGGUUAUUGCUAUCCCAACCUAUGAAUCUUCUGAUUAUUUUUCAUUCAGCAUGCUUUUAUCCAGUUUCUCCCCAAUGGAUUCCCGAAAGAUGGGAUUUUUGAUGACUAAUGAUGCUUCUGAGAGAAGUCAAUUUCCUGGCCUUCACAGAAAUAAUUCAAAGAAGAUAGGAUUGUUGGCAUCUCCUAGGGAUCUUCAAAUGUUGCCUUCUCAUAAUCAGAAAAUAAAGAGAAACUUUGCUUCACGGUGGAGUGCUGAUAUGCCUGAGUGGCCCAGCCGAACGGAUUCACAUCUUGAGGAGUUUCACAGGCAUCGAGCUGAUAUUGAUGAGUUUAGAUUACGGGAUGCAUCAAGUGCAGCUCAGCAUGCAAGGAACAUGGCUAAGCUCAAAAGAGAGAAGGCCCACAGGCUUCUGCACAAGGCCAAUCUUGCCCUUCACAAAGCCACUGUUGCUCUUAUCACUGCAGAGGCAAUUAAAGCAUCGCAGAAAAACUUGAUUGGUGAUGGUUAGGUCUUAAAUGAACUUGAGGAGUCUCAGGCAUAAACAGCUCACAUAAAUUAAGGCACAUGGUUCAUCAGUUUGAUGGCUAAAAGCGUAUGCGCGGAGAUUGACUAAGUCAUCCCUUUUUGGGAUGGAACUGUUGAUACAACAUGAACUUUUGACACAUAGGUAUAUAGCAAAAGAAGAUGGUAAAUCUGAAGAUGUGGCUCUUUAUUCCUUGCUGUUCAAUUGAGAAGCUGGCAAAAACUUUUUACAGUUAACAGCCAUAUUUUGACGCCAACUUUAAUAGGAUCAUGUUACAUUGUUGCUUGUUAUUGACAGUAAGAAAGUUCAGUUUUCAUCUUGUCAAAGAUGUACCUGGAGAAAAUUUCAUUUUCUUUCCCCUUUUCAUUUCUCUGUUGUUAGUUCUUUGGAAAUAUAAUAUGAUUAUGAUUCACAAGUAGGUUUGUAUGGUUUGGCCCCUGUUUCAUUGGUGAAUAACAUAUGUAAAUUAUUCAGUUUUGCAUGUCUCUAGUCU